CACGUUAUCCGCGAGCUUCCCACGAGCACAGCAGCAGUUGCAUGGAACGCUUUCUCGCGCCCCAACAAUAGAGUGCUUGACCGGACCAGGUUUGAUGCCAAUUCCACAAAUAUCUACCCUGAGAUUCCCUUUGGAAAAAAGUGCCUGGAUUCUUCUCCGCCGCCGCCUCUUCCACCAGGAGUACAUUUGAUAUCAAAGACAGUACAAUCAUGGAUCCGACCCGGGGAUUUAAAUUCUUGGACACGGUGGCAUGCUCUGCUGCUCAGUAAGGAUGGGAAGAAAAUAAGUGGAAUUUUAACAUACGUAUCAGGUAGUGGUGUCGCAGCAGAAGGAUGCCGCUGGUGAAGCGCACCAUCGAGCCCAGGCACCUGUGCCACACAGUGCUGCCAAGAAACAUCAAAAAUGAGCUGGAGUGUGUGACUAACAUCUCCUUGGCCAACGUCAUACGCCAGCUCAGUAGCCUCAGUAAAUAUGCAGAAGACCUGUUUGGAGAGCUGUUUAAUGAGGCCCACACCUUCUCUUUCCGGGUCAACUCCCUGCAAGAGCGUGUGGACCGCCUCUCCAUCAGUGUCACACAGCUGGACCCCAAAGAAGAGGAAUUGUCUCUUCAGGACAUUACCAUGAGGAAGGCUUUCAGGAGUUCCACCAUUCAGGACCAGCAGCUGUUUGACCGCACGUCGCUGCCCGUCCCACUGCAGGAGACUUUCCAGACAUGCGAGCAGCCGCCACCCCUCAACAUCCUCACGCCCUACAGGGACGAUGGGAAGGAGGGUCUUAAGUUCUACACCAAUCCGUCCUAUUUCUUUGACCUGUGGAGAGAGAAGAUGCUGCAGGACACAGAGGACAAGAGGAAGGAGAGGCGGAAACAGAAGCUGGAAAUGCCUUAUCUUGUGUGUCCCAAUGGCCUUAUAAGAGUCCUCUUUGAAACCCCUCCUCCCUUCCUCACUCCCCCUGAGUUGCAGGACCCCCGCAUGUAUGAUCAGGUCUAUAGGUACUUAGACCUUCCAGGGCAGAUGAAGGCGAUAGACCGUCUUCCGGAGCCGGAGAAGAUACCGCGGGCGCCUCACGAUCGUAAGAAAGAGUGGCAGAAACUGGCCCUGGGCGCAGAGCUCGCCCAAGACAUACCUGACGACAAACACAGAGAGCCCAACGGAUCUGCAGGUUACCACGACAACAGGGCUCCCUUGUACAUGGAACAAAUGGACGGGCCCUUCUCGCUGGCGGCGCUGCCCUACACCCAGAUGAACGAGUUGCUGAACCGUACCGGGGACAGAAUGUAUUCGCGGCCCCAUGACCCUCCACCGCCUCCACCUCUCAUGCACCCACUGGGAGAGAUCAAGCCACCCUCUGUGAUCAGUUCCAGUUCAGGUUUUACCGACAGCAGACCCCAGUCUCCAGCACGGACAGCAGGCCUCAACUCCAACACUCCUCCUCCACCGCCUCCCCCUCUUCCCCCUCCGCCUCCCCCGUUACCCUCCACAGGCCUGCGGGGCACUCCUCCUCCUCCCAUUCCUCCUCUACCAGUCCAGCAGCAGCCCCCGGCCAUCCCGCCUCCCCCUGCUCCCCUCCAGAUCGCCCCAGGGGUGCUCCAUCCGGCCCCUCCACCCGUGGCGCCUCCCCUCCACUGCUCUCCCGCCCGUCUCCAGCAGGUCCUGGACAGGGGCCCACCCAUGGGCACUGGGACCCUGUCGGACGGCAGCAUCCUGCCUCCUCCCCCGCCGCCUCCUCCUCUGCCCCUCCCAGGAGCGCGGAGCUCCUCGCCAUGUCUGUCAGGUCCGCCACCUGUGCCGGCCUUUCCCUCAGCAGGAGCCAUGGCCUCCCCGCUGCCCCACAGCCUUCACGAUAUGGGGAGCAAGAGGCACCAUCCAGCCAAUCUGCCACCAAUCAGCGAUGCACGCAGUGUCCUGUUGGAAGCUAUCAGAAAAGGCAUACAGCUGCGGAAAGUGGAGGAGCAGCGAGAGCAAGAGGCUAAGCACGAGCGCGUUGGCAAUGACGUGGCCACCAUCCUGUCGCGCCGCAUCGCUGUGGAGUACUCUGACUCAGAGGAUGAGUCCGAGUUUGACGAAGGAGACUGGAUGGAGUGAUGACGAUCAGGGUUGGCGGCAGAGGACAAAUGUGUUCAGGUGCCCCCCCCCCCCCAUGCCUGCACUCCACACCCUGCCAUCAAAGAGUCCUUUCUACUCUGGAAAGAAGCGAAACAUCGUUGUCGCCCACUUUUCCUCUGUCAAGCUUUCUUUUCUUUCUUUUUUUAUCUCUGUCUCGUUGUGGUUUGUGUUCGGAGGAGAAUCUCCACGUCGCCCUCGUCGGUCUUUCUAGUGUUCCAAGAGAAGUUUGUGCUUUCGUUCUUUUCUGCACUAACACACAACUUAGUUUCUUUUGGAUUUCUUGUGAUGAAAUCCCCCAUGUUUACGAUCGGUAUACAUGAAAAUAACUUUUCUGAGGAACCACUUGUUUUUGUUUUCUUAUAUGUAUGUCGAUGUAAAAAAAAAAGAAGAAGAAAAAAAAACAAGAAUAUGAAAAAAUGAAGGCAUAUUGCAUUUAUCCUAAGUUCUC